AUGGCCACCCCAAACCUCGGAGCUCGUCACACUGAGCUGCUUCAAGCCGUCGUCAAGAACAUGAGCUCGGCCGUAAUCGACUGGACCGCUGUCGCUGCUGAUGCCAACUGCAGCACCCCCAAGUACGCCCGUGAUCAGUGGGCCGUCAUUCGUACCAAGCUGGGCUGUACUGCUACCAAGGACGAGGGCGCCACUCCCAAGAAGAAGGCGACUCCGAAGCGUAAGGCUGCUGGUGAGAGUGGUGGCAGUGCUAAGAAGAAGGGUAAGAAGGACACUGGUGGAGAGGAGAAAGACAAUGACGAGGUCACCAAGAGCCCAGUCAAGGCUGAGCUGGACAGUGGUGAUGAGGAGCUUGUCUAG